AUGACCCCCCUCCCAGACCUGACCCAGGACAGAGUCCCGGUCUCCCCAUUGUUGGCCUGGUUCCCCAACCAGGAGCUGCUGCUCAAACUCAGCGAGAAGCAGGACACCAAACAAUCAGCGCCCAGUCUGGAGCUGUCGCUGUCGCACCUCAGCCAGUCUCCCAGCACGACAGCCAACACUGAAGCCGUUUCUGACCAAACUGAAGCAAAAAUCCGAAGGUGCCGAGAUGCACUGAAAAGUUUCCUUGAAAAUCAAACGAAGGAUCUAUCUCAGGGAACAAAGGACGAAGGAUGUUCGACCCCUUUAAACAAGAUCUAUACAGAGCUUUACAUCACAAGAGGAGGCAGUGGGGAGGUUCAUAGUGAACAUGAAGUGAUCAAGUUAGAAUGCAAAAGGAGUCCGAGUGAGGAGAAGAACAUCCAGCUGUGUGACAUUUUUAAACCUUUAGCAGAAGAAGAAAGCCCUCCUCAGAGAGUUCUGACGAAGGGAAUCGCUGGCAUUGGGAAGUCGGUAGCUGUGCAGAAAUUCACUCAGGACUGGGCGACCGGAGAAGCCAACCAAACUACUGACUUUGUCUUUCCAUUCACAUUCAGAGACUUGAAUUUAAUAAAAGAGGACUGUUCUCUUGUGUCGUUAGUUAGUUCCCAUUUUGAAGAAGUGGAGGAUUUGGAACCAUCAGACUACAACAGUUCAAGUGUUUUGUUCAUCUUUGAUGGCCUUGAUGAAAGCCAGUUACCUCUGGAUUUCAAGAAAAUUAGGAAGUGCAGAGAUAUUACAAAGCUCACAACAUUAGACGUCCUGCUUACAAACUUAAUCUCAGGGAACCUGCUGCACAAAGCCUCGAUCUGGAUCACAAGUAGACCAGCUGCAGCCACUAAGAUUCCUCCUGAGGUCUUCAACAGAGUGACCGAGGUACGAGGCUUCGAUGAUGGCCAGAAGAAGGAGUACUUUCAGAAGAAAGUUACUGACAAAAACAUGUCUCAGAAGAUACUCAAUCAUCUUCAGUCAAAGCCACUGAGAAGUCUCUACAUCAUGUGCCACAUCCCAGUCUUCUGUUGGAUUUCAGCCUCGACUCUCCAGAGUCUCUUAACAGAAACUCACAAAGGUGAGUUGCCAAACACUGUGACUGAAAUGUACACACACUUCCUGAUCAUCCAGACGGAGCUGAAACACCAGAAGGAUUAUGAGGAAGGUGAAUCGGACAAAGAAGUCAUCAUGAAAUUGGGAAAGCUGGCAUUUGAACAGCUACAGAAGGGCAACAUCAUCUUCAAGAAAGAAGACGUAAAAAAGUGUGAGAUUGACUUGAAACAAGCUACAGUUUUUUCAGGAGUUUGUACAGAGAUCCUCAGAAAAGAGUCUGGACUUCACAAACAAGAGAUUUACUCUUUCAUACAUUUAACUGUUCAUGAGUUUCUUGCAGCUCUGUAUGUCUUACAGACCUUCAUCGAUAGGGGAGAAAAUCUGCUCACCAACUCGACAAAGAAAACACAGUUUCCUCUUUUCCUCCGAAAGACCUUCAGAUUCAUCAUAAAUCUGCUCACCAACUCGACAAUGGAAGCACAGUUUCCUCUCUUCCCCCUACAGAAGAGCGCAGUGGAUCUGGCUUUGGACAACAAUCUGGGACAAUGGGACUUGUUCCUGCGUUUCCUGCUCGGCCUGUCACAGGAUAAAAGUCAGAAGCUUCUUCAGGAAGAAUUGGAAUUCAAAGGAAUUCUUCAACAGAGCAACAAGAAGACAAUCGACUACAUUCACGAGAAGAUCAAGAAUCUGUCCAACCACGACAAGAGCAUCAAUCUGUUCCAUUGUUUGAAUGAGUUGGGUGACCGGUCUCUGGUCAAGCAAGUCCAACAGUAUCUGAGCUCAGGAGAUGCUAGUAAGCUGUUACCUGAACACUGGUCAGCUCUGGUCUUCCAGCUGCUCGUUUCCAAUGAUGACCUGGAUGUCUUUGACCUGAAGAAAUACCACAGAUCAGAUGAAGCUCUGGAGAGGCUGCUGCCAGUGCUCAAAGCAUCAAAGACAGCUUUGUUGAGUGACUGUUACCUCACAGACAGAAGUUGCAGAAAUAUUUCAUCAGUUCUCAGCUUGAAGUCUUCUGGUCUGGAGGAGUUAGACCUGAGCAGAAACAGACUGCAGGACUCUGGAGUGGAGCAGCUCUCUGAAGGUCUAAAAAGUCCCAACUGCAAACUCCAAACACUCAGACUGGUUGACUGUGAGUUUACAGAGAGAGGCUUUGCUGCUCUGACUUCCAGUCUGAAGUCAAACCCCGCCCACCUGAGAGUCCUGGAUCUGUCAGAUAAUGACCUUAGAGACAGUGAUGUCAGAGACCUUUGUGAGUUCUUGGCAGAUCCAUGUUGUCGACUGCAGACACUGAACCUGGAGUCCUGCUGGUUACCAGCAGAGAGCUGCCGGUCUUUGACCUCUGACCUCAGAGCCUCCUCUGCUCUCAAAGAGCUCGACCUGAGCCGGAACUACCUGGAGGACCAGGGGGUGAAGCUGCUUUCUGAUUGGCUGAAGAAACCCCAGUGUACACUGGAGAUACUGAGACUUGCUGGCUGUGAGUUUACAGAGAGAGGCUUUGCUGCUCUGACUUCCAGUCUGAAGUCAAACCCCGCCCACCUGAGAGUCCUGGAUCUGUCAAGAAAUAACUUCACAGACAGUGAUGUCAGAGACCUUUGUGAGUUCUUGGCAGAUCCACGUUGUCGACUGCAGACACUGAAACUUGCUGGCUGUGAGUUUACAAAGAGAGGCUUUGCUGCUCUGACUUCCAGUCUGAAGUCAAACCCCGCCCACCUGAGAGUCCUGGAUCUGUCAGAUAAUGACCUCAAAGGAAGUGAUGUCAGAGACCUUUGUGAGUUCUUGGCAGAUCCACGUUGUCGACUGCAGACACUGAACCUGGAGUCCUGCAGGUUACCAGCAGAGAGCUGCCGGUCUUUGACCUCUGACCUCAGAGCCUCCUCUGCUCUCAAAGAGCUCGACCUGAGCAGGAACUACCUGGAGGACCAGGGGGUGGAGCUGCUUUCUGAUUGGCGGAAGAAACCCCAGUGUACACUGGAGAUACUGAGACUUGCUGGCUGUAAGUUUACAAAGAAAGGCUUUGCUGCUCUGACUUCCAGUCUGAAGUCAAACCCCGCCCACCUGAGAGUCCUGGAUCUGUCAAGAAAUGACCUCAAGGACAGUGAUGUCAGAGACCUUUGUGAGUUCUUGGCAGAUCCACGUUGUCGACUGCAGACACUGAACCUGAACUACUGCAGGUUACCAGCAGUGAGCUGCUGGUCUUUGACCUCUGACCUCAGAGCCUCCUCUGCUCUCAAAGAGCUCGACCUGAGUCAGAACCGCCUGGAGGACGAGGAGGUGGAGCUGCUUUCUGAUUGGCUGAAGAAACCCCAGUGUACACUGGAGAUACUGAGGUUGUCAUGGUGCACAGAGAGACACUGUGAGUAUCUGGCCUCGGCUCUGAGGUCGGACACUUCACAUCUCAGAGAGCUGAAGCUGAGCUACAGUCAUCCAGGAGAAUCAGGUCUGAAGCUGCUGACAGACAUAAAGGAGGACAAACGUUACAGCCUGCAGACACUGGAAGUGUCAAAGGGGUAUAUUUGAGCAUGAACGUUGACCAAAAAUACACUAAUGGAUCAUUAUCCUACUUUAGUCUGAAACAAAUGAACUGAACUACAAAGUGUGUGUCACAGUGACCUCAGAUGCAUCCUGAUUCUUCUCUCCUUAAAGAAUCAGUGCUCAUCAGGAGGGGAGGUUCUAGUGAGGCAAUAAGGUUAUUAAACAUGAAAUAAUUAUUGUUUAUGACUACCUACAUUGACAGACACUUUUCAGAUGACAGGACAAUCAGCACCGGUUCCCCUCAAGGCUGCGUCCUUUCUCCUCUGCUCUACUUCCUGUUCAGGACUGUCCUCCCUUUAGAAGCGAGGUUGUUUCUACAAGCUCUCGCGCGCCCUCUCGCGGCCAUAGUAAUUAUGAAUGAAUGAAGUGGUUUUAGGCUGGUAGAUAUCCUGCUAGCAUAGCCAGUUCACUAUAACGGUGCGCUAUCUUUCUAGACGAGGAAUGUGCCAGUUGUCCACGGCAGAUGACAUCACCUAUUUACUCUCCUUUUGUCAUAAAUGCAGGCGUAUGACAUUAUGUUGAAUAUGUUCUUCUAUAUGAAUUAAGUUUUUGUUCCAUGUUUAUUAAGAAAAUUUACUAAAAAGCUGGAAACAGUAAACUGGAAAAUUAUUUUUUAUUUUACAAUAUAUUUUUUCGUAUUAUAAGAGGCAAAUUUCAGUUUAAAUAACUUUUUUUUCUAAAAGCCAAUAAAUGAUCAAUGUAUUACUUUAUAGAUGCACUGUAUUUUUGUGUAAAAGAAAUAAAGAGACAGAGGAUUAUCAAUAAGACCGGGAAUACACCAGUUGUCCACGGCAGAUGACUUUACCUAUUUACUCUCCUUUUGUCAUAAAUACAUAUACCAACAAAUCCUGCUAUUACCAAGAGCUGAGCAGUGUAAAGUUGUAAAGAGUUCAACAUUUAACACAAGACACAACACAGAGGUCACAUAUGGAAAGUCAGAGGGGCAUACUAUAUUGUGUGUUUGAAACAUUUGAUUGGCGACAUAAAGACAGAGACAGUAACACGCUCUCUUUGCAUGGCAGAGCACAGGCUGUGAGGGAUUGUGCAAUCUAAGGUGAUGCUCAGCUUGCUGCUGCCUCAAAGUGCAUCUCUUCCCCGUAUUUGAACGGGAAAUUAUAAAAUUCAGUGAUUUUUAGUAAGAUAAAAAACAAUCAUAAUUGUUUAAGUUAAAUGGAAAAUUAGUUUUUAGUUCAAAACAUUUGAUAAAUAUAACCAUUUAAUUUAUUUGUUUAUAAUAUAUUUUAUUUUCCCCAUGCCUCUCCUGACAUAUCACUGCCUCUUUCCACUGUUGCUCCUCCUCUUACUGCAGCUCUGCUGUUUGGUUUCCUCCCUCUGAUUUAAACAGUUAUUGUGAAAUAGCAGAGUGCUCUAUGGAGCGAAGGAGGUGCUAAACCUAACAGGUAGGAGGAGGAAAGCUUUAGAAAAGGUGCAGCUUACCUUUUAUCGUUUGUGUUUAAAGUCUCAGAUGCCUCAGGUUUACAUCAACCAGAUGAGAGUUUACUUUAUUAGACACAAUAACAGAGACUUCACAGGUAUGGCAUGAAAAUUAGAGCAUCAAGUAAUAAAACAUGUGUCUAUACAAAUUAACUUAAUUCCGUUUCAGAAAUAUAGAAUAUGUAACUCUGGUUAGCUAAAAUAUCAUGACAACAAAGAAAAAACUGUUUAUACCUGUUUUCUGUCAUGUUGUAUCGGGCUGCAACAAUUAUUUUCAUUAUUAAACCAAUCUUUCCAUCAUUUCCAUGACUAUUCAAUUAACCACCUUGACAAUAAAAUGUAAGGAA